AUGGCGGACGAUAUAGAAGUUGAUAUUGAAGGUUUCGAAGAUGAUGAUGAGCAAACAAGCAGCUUGGAGUUACAUUCCGAUCCGAAUGUGCCACCAUCAUCUGGUGCCAACCUGUUGCCAGAGUUUUCAGACCCACCAUGGUUACUAGAACAUGAACCAACAUGGAACAUUCAUGAUGAUAUAGAUGAUAAAAGUAGAAGCCUGCCCUCUAUUGAUCAUGUUAACCAGCAGCAAACUGAGAAACCCAAAUCAUCUACAAGUAAAUCAAGUUCUAAAAGCCGGGGAAGAAAACCUUUAUUUUCUGGUGGAAGGAAUAGUCGCCUCCCUUCCCAUAAAAUGGCGUGGACUAAUGAAGAGAAGACUUUAUUUGAGCAGGGAAUGGAUAUCUAUGGCAGAAGUUGGACUAGAAUAGCGCAGUUAAUACACACCAGAACAACCCUACAAGUCAAGAAUUAUGCUAAUCAAUAUUUCAAAGUCAAGGCAAGAGAGAAAAAAAAAACUGAAACUGACUCUUCAGGGUCAAACGAUUUUACCCUGAAUGCUGCCGAGAUUGAGAGUGAAGAAGCUGCUCUGGAAGCAGUAACCACAGCAACCACAACUGUUCCAACAAUAUCUAGAAACGCCACUGCAAAUUCCUCUAUUAGCACAAUAACCAGCACGAAACGAGCAGCUAGAGCUAAAACUGAAACAGAAAAACUGCAAAAUGUUUUUGAAAAUGAGUCGUUGAUUUUAGCUAAAACCAAAAAUGAGACGUUUUGUAGUGACGUAGAUGAUAGAGAAUGUAAACAGGAUUCUACAUCUCAGGAAAAUCUAAGCGAUGUUGAUGAAGAAGAUGAAGAUGUAGAUAUUGAUGGAGAUAGUGAUGAUAAUGUGAAAGAAAAUCUAUUAACAGGACGUAACCUAUCACCAGAAACAAUAUAUUCUACGUUAUUGAAGUCUGCGGAAAUACUGAGUGAAAGUGAGAACAGUGAUUUGUCAUCUCUCGGCGAGAAAGAUGAAGAAAGUUACGAUUGUCAGAACCAAGAUGUUAAUGUCUGUUCAACAAACAUUGCACCAGCGGAAUACAACGCACAUGAUGGCGUAGAAUCAUCAACGUAUUCCCCGGGUAAUAACAACCGACUCUGCACGACUGCCAACAGUCUGGGUGAGAGUAGCAAGUGUAAUAAAGAUUUCUCACCGGAUGAUGAGAACGAUGAAUCUCGUAACACGCGUCUUGAGCGGCCUACAACGAGCGGGGAUGACUAUGAAGAGACGUGCAGUACCGAUGACGAUAGUUCCGAUUAUUACAGAGUGGAUGAAUCGUUGGUGCAGUUUGUUAAAGAUGAAUAUUAUGAUGAUGAUGAUGAUGACGAAAACAAACCAGAUCCCUGGUCUGGUAUACCUAAAGCUACUGUUGAAAUUAUCGUAGACCACAGCACAACAACUCGGGAUGAACACAUCGCGCAUUCUGAGUUCUUCGAUGGUAGACCUUUAAAGACUCCGUCACGAUAUAUGAAAAUCAGAAAUUAUAUCUUAGAUGCCUGGGAGAAAUGCAAACCUAAAUACUUAACAAAGACAUCAGUUAGGCCAGGACUUAAGAAUUGCGGUGAUGUUAACUGUAUUAGUAGAAUUCAUGAAUAUUUAGAACACGUUGGUGCAAUUAAUUUUGGUGUAGAUAACCCUUAUCGUUCAACCCGAGCUGCUGCUACAACUGCCAAUAAGAAAACCAUGACGAAAGAAGAAUUAUUAUUAUAUCAGAAAAUACGAAUGCAAAGUAUGAGACCACGAAAACGAAAGGUUCGUGAUGCGUAUGGUAAUUGGAUUGAUCCUGAUGAGUUCAAAGGUCAAAGGGUUGAGCAUCAGUUUGAAAUGAGGCACAAUGAGGAAAGCAAAUCAGCAAGGUCAAGACCCAAGUAUUCAAAACUAAGUACAUAUGAUCCGUUCAAGCUCGUUCCGUGCGAUAGUUUCACUGAGGACAAUAAGAUCUUUGCUUCUUAA